AUGAGUGAUGGACUUGGUUUCAGCGAGGACAGACGAGCAGUAGAUGGUGGAGCUGUGCUUCGGAGAAGAAGUGUGAGUGAUUGGAUUCAUCAGAAGGGGAAUGGGGAUGGGGUGGGAGAGCUGGGAAGAGAAGGGGACGCAGAGAGAGAGGGAGGAAAUACUGGACAUCCAGUCUUUGAGACAGCUUAUGGAAAAAUUGUUGUUAACAUAUGCUCUAGAAGGCACCAAUAUCCUUUGAAUUGGUUAGCAUUUGGCUUGAAUGGUGCAGAGAUUGUUUUCAACCCUUUCGCCACUGUUGGUGAACUCAGCGAACCGAUGUGGCCCAUUGAGGUGCUCAAACGAUAUAGAGCCCCACAUAUAUUUGUUGAAUUCAUCCAUUUUAUGAACCAAUACCAUCGUCAAGCCAAAUCUAUUGCGGACUCUCUUGCUGCCAUCUAUGAGCCCGUCUCUAAUAAGGAUCUCGUCAUUGGCGUUCUUCGUGGCUUGGGUGCUAAUUACAAAAUGCUGGUAACCGCUCUUUUAAAUUUUCAUCCUCUUCUUGAUUUUGCUGACCUACGUGCUCGAUUCCUCUCAUAUGAAGCUCCAACUCCUCACACUGAUCCUAUUCACACCAGCCAGUCCAUGGCUUUCAUGGACACUUAG